AUGGAUAGGAUUAAAGAUCUAAUUCUAGAGCGAAUCUAGCAUAGUCAUUAACUCAAAAACAAAUGUGAAUAAAUUUUUGAUUAUUAAGAUAUAUAUCAAGCUAAAAAAGCAGAAAAGCUGCGCUAAAUUAAAGAAAAUGAACUUAUAGAAGCUCUCUUUAAUUUUGGAUAGGCUUCUAAAUGCGAGAGAUAGCUUUUUGAAGUUCAUAGUAGCGAUGUAAUGAACUCGUUGAAUUAUCAAUUUAAUUACAAGCCAAAAAAUAGAGGACUCUUUAGCGAUAUAGCAGAAAUGUAUAUUUUAUUUUUUGACAGCAUUUAGCUCUAGACUAGGGUUGAAGAAAUUAGGAUCAUUGCUAAGUAUAAUCUAUAUUAAAAUUUCCCAUUUCUUUGUAUGUUAUUUAAGUGGUUAAUUGAGAUUUCGCGAAAAGUUUUUAUGGAUAUUAUGGCAAUUGUAAAAACUAAUGCAGCAAGCUGUAAAAAGAAAAGACCUAAUAAUUAAUAGACGGCUAAAUAUGCUAAUAAUUUGCAGUCAUCGUAAGAGCAUCUCAAAUCUGCUAAACUUGAUCAGAAAAAUUAAAAUAAUCUAACAGCCACCACUGCUUCUUAAAAUACUUAAGAUUCCUUUAAUAAUGAGUCUGAAAAUAGAGUUAAUAUAAACUAAAUUAAGUUAAAUCCGCUGAGCUAAGAAGUAGAUUAUAACAAGAAAAAAUUAAAUGAGGAUGCAAUUUUAAUGAAAAAAUAAAUAAAAAAUGGAUAAAAGGAAUAAAAUUUACUAUAAAGUACCAAGAUAAAUAAAGAAAACUCUUGUGAAGGCAGUAAAAAUGCUCACUUAAAUAAUAUGAAUCAUACUACAAGUGGAUUAAAUAUAUAGCCUAAGAGAGAUAAUUAGUUUUAAUAGCAUAAAGAAAAUAGUUCGGUAGAUAAAUUUACUAGUACGUUGCCAUUCUAAUCAGAUUAUUCCCCAAAAUUACAAAUAUAACAAAAGCCGAGCAGUUUGGCAUCAAGUAACUAGAGAAGAUCUCUCAGGAUUACUAAUAGCUACACUCACAAGCAUAGUAUGGAUUAUACAGAUAUAUAAGUGUAAGAUAAAGAUAUUUCUCAUCUAAUGAGUGCAACUUAAAACUUAGAAAACUUCAAUUUAAGUGAUUUAGAAGAUGACGAUGAGGAUAAUAUAGAAGAUGAGGAUGAUUCAUAAAUGGUUGUAAUUAGAUAAACUCAAUCUUAAAUCUUUAAAAAUGGAGAUAAGUUAAACAAUACCAAUUUAAUUUGUUAAGACAGUGAACAGGAUUAAUCUUCUAUAAAUAAUUUGGUGUCAUCAAAUUUUAAUAAAACUUAAUAGCAAAAAGAUUAAACAAGUAAUAGUUAAAAGUAGAAAGUUGCAAAUGAUUUCUUAAAACAUUUGGGGAAGCCUAAUAUUGAAAAACUCAAAAGAAGAAAAAGAGACAUGUUUUUCAAUAAUAUAAAGGAAUGCCUCUACGAUGUUGAAUUCGUAGUUCCGAAAUGCAAUGACUAUUUAAUUAAUUUUUAUAUUAAACUCAUGUUUCAAAGAAAUAUAUAAGUGAAAACUAGUAUUGAUGCAUACAAAGUAAAAUAUUGGUAGAAGUUUAACAACACCUUUGCUAAACUAGAUCCUGGUUUGAUAUACACUGAAUAAGAUAAAAUAAACGCAGAAGAAUAGCUGAGAGCUUCUUUGAAUGAAAGUAGCUUGCAGCAAUAACCAUUUGGAAGUUUAGAUCAAUUACAAAAAUCUACUUCAUAAUUCAUAUAAAGCAAGAAUGAUUAGUCUUUAACAAAUCAGAUAAUUAAUAAUCUUGGAAAUUAGCAAAAUAAAAGAACUUGUUCGACUCUUUCACCAAUAAACCGUCCAAUAGGUUCAGACAAAAAAUCAUCAAGAAUUGUAAUAGAAACAAGUAAAAGCAAUAACUUUACUAACCUCAGUUAAAAUGUUUAAAACAAUUUAAAUUCUGGCGAAAAGGAUAAAAAAAGAUUCAGAACUUACAGCUAUGUUGGUAACAACUCUGUAUAAGUAUAGCAAUUACAAUUAUACUAGCAGCAGUAUUAGCAAGAAAAAUCACUAUCCCCUCUUUCUUAAAAUAUACCUUUCAAUCAAUAGUUUAGCAAAGAAUUUUAAUAACAAAAUUCAGUACAGUAAUAAGUACAAUUGCUGCCUCAAUUCCUAUAAAGAAAUUCACCUGAAAUAAGAAGAUAAAAUAUAAAAAAUAGUAAAUACACUAACUGCAUCAUCCCAGCUGUAAAAAACUUUGAUACUUCAGAAAUAGAACCUAAUUCUUUCAAUGCUAAUCAUAUAUUUAAUACAAAGCAUUCAAACAUACUCAAAGGCAAGCAAUCAAAAUUUUAAAAGAAUCUCAUGAUGAUGAAAAUAGAAAAAACCUUCAAUUAACAAACCAUGACACAAUUUUAGCAGUUUAAUUCUGAUUUAAAUGGUAAAAAAGGCGAAGAAAUAAAAAAUACUAAUAUGAUAUAAAAUAACACUUUUUUUCACCAAAAUUCUAACAUUUUCAAAAAAAUUCAUACUAACGAUAUAAGCCUAUCAAAUAUUAUUAUGACUACAGGGAAAAAAAGUUAGCAGUAUUCAAAUAAUAUCAAUAACAAUAAUAGCAGUGCUUUAGAUAUAAAUAUAAAUUCUCAAAUAUAAAACAACAAUUCUGCUGGAGGAAGCAGUUGUAUAAUCUUACAAUAAAUGAAUAAGACUACAAGUAACAUAUAAGAAACAUUAAAUAAAUCUGCAACAAAAAACAGCAGUUUUCCUUUAAACCAAUAAAAUGUUAUUUAAGAAGAAGAAUUAUCGAAAUCACCUCAUUUAUAUCAUUUAAAUAGAAUGAAAUACAGACCACCAAAAAAUCCUAAGAUUUUAUUAUAAAAAAUAAAUAAUAAUACAGAAGAUUAAAUUUCUUCAGCUAAUAAUUUUAAUAAUUUAACAAAUUUAUAAAAUACACAAUAAAAAAGUUUGAAUCAUGCAUUGCAAGUACCUCUUUAUAAUAAUAAUAAUUAAUAAUUUGGAAUGCAUGGUCCUAUAAUUACAUCAUUUUAAAAUGAUUUGAUUGACUUGUAGACUAAACAACUAUUAAAGAAACCUUAACAACAAAAUUUACAAAUAGAAAGUUUCAAUGGUAAUGGUGGUGGAGGAGUAACAGCUCUUAAAAAUAGAAAAAUUCUGACCUAACCUGAAGAAAAUAUAGCCAUCUCGUCAAAUGAAAAAUUAAAUUUAUCUCUAACAAGCAAUAAUAAUUUAAAAUCUAGGUCUGCCUCUGGAAAAGCAGGUAAAGAAGAAAACAUGAUAAAGGCGCAAGCAAAUAAAUAUAAUUUACAAAUCAAAUAAAAUUUAUUAACAAGCUAAAUAAAUGGACCUUUAAAUUAAGAAAUUUUAAAGUAAAUCGGAGCAUACUCUAUUUAAAAUAACACCAAUUUUAAUAAAAAUUACAUCUAAAACAAUGACAACUCAAUUUUCCCUUUUUUAAAAGAUUUGAUUUCUCAACCUUAAGACAACAUCCAAAAAUACUUUUGA